GCAAACAUACACCAGCCCUGGAGGUCUAAGCAAUUGCGAACGCAGUUUCCUGCAAAGAUACAAACAAAUCAAUUUUGAUAAGGAUUUAAAUUGCGUCUCAAAUCGGAGGGAGCGUUUUCCGUUAACAGGAUUCGUCGCAGAAGGUUGAAAAGAUCCAACCAGCUCUCAAAAUGGAUCUUCGAGAUUCUGUCCAUAUCUUGGACCAGAAAACCAGAGAUAUGCAUGGAGCACAGAAUCAUUCCUCUCUGUAGAUCCUCCGACAAAAUGAGGACCUAAGGUAGAGAGGGGAACUUUUUCUUGGAUGCUUACAAGAGCCUCAAUUCGACCUUGAGCAUGACCCAAAAAUCAAAAUCGCUCGGGCGCGUGCGAUAUUGACUUUGCGCACUGUUAAGGCCGCGGUUAUUAUAUACUGUCCUGUAAUAACAAUUCUUUUCACUCAAGAAUUGGCCUAGUGGGUUACUUGGUGGUUCGUAGUGUCUGUUUGAAUUCAUAAAAGUUUCUUGGGUGUACCUAGAUCCAGUGAUCUAUCGGUCAAUAUGGUCAACAAUUGAAGGCACAGCAAUUGCACAGCAUGGACAUUCAAGUCAAACCAGAGGUGGAGCAAUGGAUACUAUGGUUUACCAACAGUCGUAUAUAGUGAGCAAGGUCUUCUAGUCCUCAAGCCAUAAGCCAGGUUAUCUAUCUGCUCAAGUUGAAAUCUAGCAGUGCAGAAUUUCUUAUCUGACAGAUUUUCCUUUCGUCAUUCAUUUUUGUGUUUUUUAAAGAGUCACUCAUUUGCACCGUCGCCACUACUUAGUGGCAUUAUCCUAAUUUCACACCUUCAAAAUGUCCGGCCGUGGAGCAUGGAGACCCAUGAAUCCAAAGAACAUUACUGUUCGAGCUGCAGUAUGGAUUAUUGGAGCCAUCCCAUUUUUUACAUUCUCGGCCAUGUCGAUUGCCGGAUCUGCGACAACAACGCCAGGAAUGCAGAAUGUCUUCAUCGGGCAAAUCGCCAAGGUAGGCACUGAUGGAUCCAAAAUCGGUGGAUUGAGAUUUGGUUACAUGGGUAUUUGUGCUUAUGUGGGGGUGGAAGGAAGCAACGGAGAUACGUUCAAGAACACAAACGGUUUCCAAUGCAUAGGCAAGCAGUAUAGUCAGUCACCCGACGAAAUUGCCGCAACACUUCAUGUCGAUUCAAAUAUCAUACAGUUAGGACAGAAGUUACAGAACGACAUAUCUAUUUUCAUGCCGAUGGUCGCACUAUCUCUAUUUCUCCUAGGAUUCCUUGUUGACACUGGUGCAUGGCUCCUUGCAGGUCUGGGAAAACCUGCUGGUAAAAUCGGCAUGGUAGCCAUGCCAUUUCUGUGGGCAUCUGUUGCUACCAGUCUUGGUGCAGCAUAUACGCUUACUGUCUCCGUUAAUGCAAUCAAUACGGUACUUGAAGAUACAGCUGUAGGAUGUUCUGCAAACGUACAGAUUGAACAAGGGAAAACGCUCGAGGGACUUCAGUGGGCUGCAUUUGCCUUUGCUCUUCUCUUUUCAUUUGGUAUUUAUAUGGUCACCAGAGACACCAUGUAUGGAUUUAAUAUUGCUCCUCGUGCCAGAUCUCGUGGAAGAAGAAUGAACGAUGCGUACCCCGAUGAGUAUUCCGAAGAGGAGCGAUCAUUAAGUUACGAGAGAUAAUCAUAGCUGGCAAGUUGAUGCAUCAACAAUUAUGUAGAUCGAAAUCUGGAUAUUACUGGUGUAAUAUGAAACCACAUAUUGAAAGGGGGGCACAGAAGCGUGAUGUGGCGUUUACGAGAUGUAUAAAUAUUUCUGUUUGGGUGGGUGUUUUUACUUUAUGUUUUUCUAUUUCUGCUAGUCAGC